AUGGGCUUCAACACCUACAACCCUGCUGCAUGCACUAUCAAUCAGACUUUUGUUCAAGACACUAUCAACGCUUUCGCCGAGAAAGGCUUCGGUACCGCUGGCUAUACGAUAUUCGGACUUGAUUGUGGAUGGCAAGGCACACAGCGUCAAGCAAAUGGUUCGAUAACUUAUGACGCUGGAGCUUUCCCCAAUGGUAUACUGCCGUUGAGCAACCUCGCGAACAGUAAAGGCUUCAAAUGGGGUAUGUACACUGAUCAAGGUGUCAAAGCCUGCGACACUGGGGUUGACCGGCCUGGUUCACUCAACCACGAAAAGCAAGACGCACUACAGCUUGCUGGCUGGAAUGUCGCAUACAUGAAGGUCGACAACUGCUAUAUCACCGCUGACGCCAAUGCACCCAAGGACCCACGAACAGACUUCCCUUCCAGGUUCGGUGCCUUUUCCAGCGCCAUCCAAUCAGUCGGGAUCAAAGGCAUGUUGACUUGCCAGUGGGGUGUUCCGUACUCGAGCUCGACUGGUUUGCAAGGUCCUGCUGAGUGGACGCCGGCAGUGUCCACAUCGUUCCGUGUCAGCGACGACAUCACUCAGGGCUGGGCGAGCGUGUCUCGCAUUUACAACGAGGCGAUCAACGUCAACCUAAGAGGCUUGAACGGUCCCGGUCACUUCUCCGAUAUGGAUCUGCUGGAGGUGGGUCAAGACGGCAUGACUACCGAUGAACAAGCCUCUCACUUCGCUAUCUGGGCCAUGUUCAAGAGUCCCCUCAUGAUCUCGACAAGAAUUACGACCAUGUCGACCUCGACUCAAUCAAUCCUUCAGAACAAGGGCCUGAUCGCAAUCAACCAGGACACCUUGGGCAAGCCUGUCGUCCUCACUCAACGCUUCACCGGCGACAACGACCAGUUCGCAGGACCACUGGCCAACGGCGAUGUAGCUGUGCUCCUGAUUGACUUGACAAACACUAAGCGAAGCUUGAGCAUCAACUUCGCAGCUCUCAACAUCUCAUCCGCCACAGUCACUGACCUCUGGACUGGCAAGACGGUAUCGAAUGCAAACAGCUACUUCACCACAGUGAACGGCCAUGGCUCCGUCGCUCUUCGCUUGAGCAACGUUCAGAAGGCAACACCAGCUGCCCCGACACUCAAGUACUACGAAGCCGAAGCUGGCCAACUCGCGGGCAGCGCAGCAGUCGCAUCUUGCUCGGGCUGUUCUGGUGGCAAGAAAGUCGGAAAUGUCGGCAAUGGCAAUGGCAACACUCUUACUUUCAGUGGCAUUCGCACAAGUCAAGCGACGCAAGAUGUUCGAUUCGACUACCUCGAUUGCGAGAUUGGUUAUGCUUUUGGUGGAGGUUAUGGAAAUGUCAGAGGAGCGAGUAUCAGUGUCAACGGCGGAGCUGCUCAGUCUGUCAGCUUCCCUUUGACUGGAUACAAUUGGGACAAGGAUGUUACAAAGGGCUUCUUGGUCAGACUUUCUGGGUUCAAGACGUCGGGUGAUAACACUAUCACGAUUUCUGGGCAGUCAAGUAUCUCGCCUUACGCACCAGACUUUGACAGGAUCGGUGUAGUUGCUUGA